AUGGCCCAACACCACCCGGCCCAGUCUUCCAUCGAGGCUAAACUUGUGGUGCUCGGCUCGCAAGGCGUUGGCAAGACAUCACUCGUGCAUCGAUACUGCAAGAAUACCUUCAUCCCGCACAGCAAGGCGCAGUCGACCGUCGGAGCCUCGUUUCUCACCACACGCGUCAACGACCCCGAGUCUGGGACACAGAUUCGACUGCAGCUGUGGGACACUGCUGGACAGGAGCGCUUCCGAUCCAUCUCACGAUUGUACUAUCGCGGCGCCAACGCCGCCAUUCUUUGCUAUGAUAUCACCAGCAAGAAGAGUUUCGAUGACAUGGGCGUUUGGCUCCGGGAAUUGCGCGAGAACUGCGGAGCGGGCAGCGAGGAUAUGAUUCUACACAUUGUUGGCACAAAGAGCGAUGUCGUGGCAAAGGAUCCAUCGUUGAGACAGGUGCCGUUUGAGAGAUGCAUCGGAUACAUUGCUGAGCAGCUGUACCCUUCCUCGAAUGUCUCUGCAGCCGUGACUCCUGGACCGAUGCCUGGAGUAAGCUAUGGGAUUGGCAGUCCGCCACCCUCUUCUGGCCAAGGCAUGUCACAGCUUCAUCCGAAUGCCGCUAGACCCAUGAACAGCCCGAAUAGCAAUCGGAGUUCAUGGUGGGGACAAGAGACUAUCUGGGACUGCUGUCAUGAGAUAUCCGCAAAGGAUGGGGAGGGUAUAGACGAGGUUUUCCGAGUCGUGACGAGAAAGCUCAUUGAGCAGAAUGCAAAGCGUGCCGAGCAGCAGAGACUGUUGGAGGAGUAUCAGAUGCGGACUCCUGGCGGUAUUGAUGGUGGUCCUGGAACAACUGGAUACUUUGACUUACCAAACGGUGGGAAUGGAAGCUUUAGACUCGGACUUGGAGAUAAGAGACGAAGCUGGCUUGGAAGUCUCGCGACACCUGGAGGAUUGACCAACUACGGUGACGACGAAACUGACGAUAUUGCUGCCAAAGCCCGUGCCAAGGGCAGGUGUUGUUGA